AACCUCGCCGCCGCCGCCGCCGCCGCUUAGUAACGAGUUUCUCCCCUGUUCUCUAUUCUUCACCUGCUACCUUUCCGGCGGAUACCUUUACUGAUUUCUUGACAAGACUGGAAAUUUCCUAGUAACCAAACAGAAAUACUCAAAUACAAGAUGUUUUCUCGCUCUUUCCGAUCAACUUCACUUCUCUUCUUCCACCGCUUUUAUGCAACAGAAAGCUCCAUUCCCAUGGCUGCUCUGUCGCGUCUCAUCUCCACACCCCAAAGCUACUCUUCUUUUACUGGAGUGGCGGAAAGUUUCGGAUUUAUUUCAGCUGCAAAACGUAAUGCGCAGAACUUGGCACCAAAUCUAGUGAGGUCUCUAACAACUACGGUUGAAACUGUUCUUGGGUUCGAUGAGAUGGUCUCUGGGUCCCAUCGUAAGUUUUACUUCUUAGGUGGGAAGGGAGGUGUUGGAAAAACAAGUUGUGCAGCUUCCCUUGCUGUUAAAUUUGCUAACCAUGGACACCCCACCAUUGUAAUCUCAACCGACCCUGCUCACUCCCUGAGUGAUUCUUUUGCCCAGAAUUUGACUGGAGGGAUUCUUAUUCCUGUUGAAGGGUUAGAUUCUCCUCUUUUUGCCCUUGAGCUAAACCCUGAAAAGGCUAAGGAGGAUUUUCUUGCUGCAACUCAAAAGGAUGGUGGCCGUGAAGUUAAAGAUUUUAUGGAUAGCAUGGGCAUGGGAAUGUUUGGUGAUCAGUUAGGGGACCUGAAACUAGGAGAGCUUUUGGACAGUCCACCACCUGGUUUUGAUGAAGCUAUUGCAAUAUCCAAGGUCAUGCAGUUCAUUGAAUCCCCAGAGUAUAAUAUGUUUACCCGAGUAGUUUUUGAUACUGCACCCACGGGCCAUACACUUCGGCUUCUGUCCCUGCCAGACUUCCUGGAUGCAUCAAUUGGCAAGAUAAUGAAGCUUAAGAAGAAGUUAGCUUCAGCAACUUCAGCUCUUAAAUCUGUUUUUGGAAAAGAAGAAGUGCCACAGGCUGCUCCAGACAAACUGGAGCAACUAAGAGAGAGGAUGGUAAAAGUAAGGGACCUUUUCCGUGAUUCCAACACAACUGAGUUUAUUAUAGUAACCAUCCCAACGGUAAUGGCAAUCAAUGAGUCAUCAAGGUUGUGUGCAUCUUUGAGGAAGGAAAGUGUUCCUGUUCAGAGGCUCAUUGUAAAUCAGGUUCUACCACUCACUUCCGACUGCAAGUUUUGUGCAAUGAGAAGGAAGGAUCAACUACGUGCCCUUGACAUUAUCCAGAAAGACCCAGAACUUUCAAGUUUGUGGUUAAUCCAGGCACCCUUAGUUGAUGUAGAGAUACGAGGCAUUCCGGCCCUUAAGUUUAUGGGGGAUAUGGUUUGGAGAUAGAUUAUCAUUCUUUCUUGGGGUAUCCAUCUGAUCAAUUGAUGCAUCUUUUUUCUGGGAAUUGUAAGUCGCCUUCAAACUAUGAGGCAAAGUGGGUUUCAAACUCUGUUGAUCUUUUCCUGAAUUAUAUUAAUUUUGAAAUCCUUUAACUUAAUGAAUUUUCUUGACAAUAGUCUGUACAAAUUUAUCAUACAAAAACAAAAGAACCCAGUAAUGUAAAUGUUACAUUUGAGUAUUCCUAUCAAGAGCUACUU